AUGUGCGGGCUCGGCGUUCGCAUGAGCCCCAAGGCAACGAUUUUCAGCACGAGCGAGGCGGCGUGCGACGUGUACGAUGCGGGCGACGACGCCGGCGAGUGCACGUGGGCGUCGCUGCCGCCCGAGCUGCUGCGCGACGUGAUCGCACGCGUGGAGGCGAGCGACAGCUCGUGGCCCGGCCGGCGCAGCGUCGUUGCGUGCGCGGGUGUCUGCCGCUCUUGGCGGGAGCUUACUCGCGAGCUGCUGCAAUCCCAGGGCUCGUACGAGUCGUCUGGGCAAAUAACCUUUCCCGACGAGUUAAGAACGCCCGGGCCGCGCGACCGCUGCGUGGAGUGCUUCAUUCGCCGCUCGCGCAAGACCGGCACGUUCACGCUGUUUCUGGGCGUGCCGCCGAAUUCGACGGAAAACGGCAAGUUCCUGCUCGCGGCGCGCAAGUGCGGCUGGCGGCCGUCAAGCCCGCGUUUUCUCUCGGCGCGGCGUCGCUGGCGCACGGCGGAAGCAGCAGCAGCAGCCGCAAGGUGCAUCCCCGCGGAGCCGCUUUUUCCGCCAACGGUUACCACCACUGUAACCACUGUAGCAAUCGGUGUGGUAACCACCAUUGUGGUUACAACUGUGGCAGCAGCAGCACGGGCAGCAGCGGGGCCGGCACCCCUGUCGCGUGUAACGGUAACUUGGGCAGCUUUAACGGUUCCAGCUGUAGCGGCGCCAGCUGUAGCAGGGGUAGCGACGGGACAGGAUUACUCGGCGCAGGUAUUACCAGCAGUAGUGGCAGCGGCAGCGCCAUUGGUGGUCGGGGCGAUUGUAACGGCGCAAAUGACGCUGACACGGCCACGUCAGCAGCGCUGCAUCGGCAGCCCCUUCCCCGGAAGCAGCGCGCACAGCUGCGGGGGAGGCGCAGGUGGGGGAAGCGGCGGGGGGAGCGGGGGAAGCGGGGGGAGUAGCGGGCCGGUGGUGUCUGUAGCAUAUGCGCUGAACGUGCUGGGGGUGCGCGGACCUAGGCGCAUUCUCUGCACUCUUCACCAGGUCCCCGCGGGCGCGGCGGUCACUGGCGGAGGGGGAAGCGGGGCGGCAGGCGCGGGGCGAGGCGCGGGAGGGAAGGCGGGGAGAGGAACGGGGGAGGAAGCGGGGGGGGGAAGGGGGGAGGGGAGGUCGUUGGCAAGGGGGGCAAGUGGGGGGAGUGGGCGGGGAUGGGGGGACGCUUCCGCGGUAGCGGAGGCAGCGGGGGAGGCAGCGGCGGAGGGGGCCAGGCGGGCAGCUGCUGCGGCAGCUGAUGUUGCUGGCACCGCCGCCGCUGCUUUAGGCUUAGAUCCCGUUAUAGGCACGUCCGAUAUAGGCACGUUACGAAGCCCGCGUCCUGCCUCCCUUCCUCCCGUUACAACCUCUGAUAGAAGCUCCGUUUCAACUCCUCCCGUUACAGUUCCCCCUAGCACCCCUCCCCCUGCUACCCCUUCCCCCGCAACUGCUGCCGUCCUAGCCGCUGGUGCUGCCGCUGCUGCCGCCACCUCCCCGCUCCUCUCCUCCCUCUUCCAUUCCAACCGCUAUAGUCACACUCGCUACAGUAACCACUCGUGCGAUCUCCCAGAGGAACAAAAAUCGGAUGAGCAAGCACCUGGCCAAUCCCAGCCUCCCACGUGUACCUCCUCUUUCACCCCUUCCCCGCUUCCCCGCCCCUCCUGGCCCUCAUCCCCCGCUUCUUCCCCCUCCGCCGCCCACCCUGCUGGCGCAACCUCCGCCCCGCCCCACUUCCCCGCCCCUUCCGCCCUCCACUCCCCCGCUUCCCCCCCUGACGUGCUAAUUGCCCCCACAGGCUCCUCCGCUUCUCCCUCCCCUUCCGCUUCCGCCUCAGCCGCUCCCCCCUGCCCCGCUUCCGCCUUCCCCCCUUGCUCGGAGCUUCCCUCUUCCGCGCUGUCUUCCGCCUCCCCCGCCGCCCGUUCUUGCGCAUACAGGCUCAAGAGUGGGGAAGAGAUGGGUGCGGGAGAGAGCAUGGGGAGCAGUGGUAAGGAGGAGAGCGAUGAGCAGCAGAGCAUGCGAGAGGAGGGUGUGGAAGAAGGGGGGCAGUGGGAGAAGAAGAGUCAAGAGGAGAGCAGUCCGGAGGACGGGAGUUUAGAGGAGGGGAAUCAGCAGGAGGAGUGUGGGGAUUGGCCGACAGACGGCGCGUGUGAGCAGCAGGAGAGCAGUGGAGAGGGAAGGAGUGAGCAGGAGGGCAAUCAGGGUUGGUUGCAAGGCGGAGGUUUUCAGUGCUGGUGCUUGAACUUCAGGGGGCGAGUGACAGUGGCUUCAGUGAAGAACUUCCAGCUGAUCGAGGGGGGCGGGCCGCGGAACGACUCUGACAAGCCGUGUUGGUGCCUCAACUUCCGUGGCCGCGUGACAGUAGCAUCAGUGAAGAAUUUUCAGCUGAUAGAGGGGGGCGGGCCGGGGAACGACUCGGACAAGCCGGUGCUGCUGCAGUUCGGGAAGAUUGGCAAGGACACUUUUACUAUGGACUACAGAUAUCCACUCACGGCCUUCCAGAUUGGCAAGGACACGUUCACCAUGGACUACAGAUACCCGCUUACUGCCUUCCAGCUCAUAGAGAGGAGCGGACCGGGGAACGACUCUGAUAAGCCAGUGCUGCUGCAGUGUGGGAAGAUUGGCAAGGACACUUUCACCAUGGAUAACAGAUACCCGCUUACUGACUCCAGGUGGGUAGUGAAGUGCUGUUUCAUGUGGUUAAAAAUCGGUGCUCUGCCAGUGCUGCUGCUGCAGUUUGGCAAGAUCGGCAAGGACACAUUCACCAUGGACUACAGAUACCCGCUCACGGCCUUCCAGGUGGGUAGUGCUGCGUGUUCAGGGUGA